CGGGUUGAGAUCGUGCUUAAGACUUCCAAUUCCCAUUUACACUUGGGUGAAGCGGUUACACCUGAAAGGGGAAGGCUGGAGUCAAACAAUUUAACUCAAAUAUCUGGGAACGAUUUCGCGCUUUGCAAGACAUUCCAGGACUUCGAGUUCCAAUCCGCGGAACGGAGUCGCCUGACAGCUGCCGGAAGUGAGGCUGCGCGGAAUGGCCGCUGCUGCGACCAUGGCCGCAGCUGCCCGGGAGCUGGUGCUGCGGACCGGGGCCUCAGAUAUGGAGGAGGAAGAGGGCCCGCUGGGGGGUGGUCCGGGUCUUCAGGAGCCAUUGCAACUUGGAGAGUUGGACAUCACCUCUGAUGAAUUCAUCCUGGAUGAAGUGGAUGUUCACAUUCAGGCAAAUCUGGAGGAUGAGUUAGUAAAGGAAGCUCUUAAAACGGGCGUGGAUCUCCGGCACUAUUCAAAGCAGGUUGAACUGGAGCUACAACAGAUUGAGCAGAAAUCCAUUCGGGAUUAUAUCCAAGAGAGUGAGAACAUAGCUUCUCUGCACAACCAGAUCACAGCCUGCGAUGCUGUCCUUGAGCGCAUGGAGCAGAUGUUGGGAGCUUUUCAGAGUGAUCUCAGCUCCAUCAGCUCUGAGAUCAGGACACUGCAGGAACAGUCAGGCGCCAUGAAUAUUCGGCUUCGAAACCGCCAGGCUGUCCGGGGGAAACUGGGGGAGCUUGUCGAUGGCCUAGUGGUGCCCUCUGCUCUUGUCGCGGCAAUUCUGGAGGCACCAGUGACAGAGCCCAGGUUCCUGGAGCAGCUGCAGGAACUGGAUGCCAAGGCAGCUGCAGUCCGAGAGCAGGAAGCUAGAGGGACGGCGGCCUGUGCAGACGUCAGAGGCGUUCUUGACCGGCUCCGGGUCAAGGCAGUGACGAAGAUCCGGGAGUUCAUCCUUCAGAAGAUUUAUUCCUUCAGAAAACCCAUGACCAACUAUCAGAUCCCCCAGACGGCCCUGCUGAAGUACAGGUUCUUCUAUCAGUUCCUGCUGGGCAAUGAACGAGCAACAGCGAAGGAGAUAAGGGACGAAUACGUGGAGACGCUGAGCAAGAUCUACCUGUCUUACUACCGCUCUUACCUGGGACGGCUCAUGAAGGUGCAGUAUGAGGAAGUCGCUGAGAAGGACGAUCUAAUGGGCGUGGAAGAUACAGCAAAGAAAGGAUUCUUCUCAAAACCAUCCCUCCGCAGCAGGAACACCAUCUUCACCCUGGGGACCCGUGGCUCUGUCAUCUCCCCCACUGAACUGGAGGCACCCAUCCUCGUGCCCCACACCGCCCAGCGGGGAGAACAGCGGUAUCCUUUUGAGGCCCUCUUCCGCAGCCAGCACUACGCCCUCCUGGACAACUCCUGCCGUGAAUAUCUUUUCAUCUGUGAAUUCUUUGUUGUGUCCGGCCCAGCUGCACACGACCUCUUCCAUUCUGUCAUGGGCCGUACACUCAACAUGACCCUGAAACACCUGGAGUCCUAUCUGGCUGACUGUUACGACGCCAUUGCUGUUUUUCUCUGUAUCCACAUUGUCCUCCGAUUCCGCAACAUUGCAGCCAAGAGGGAUGUUCCCGCUCUAGACAGGUACUGGGAACAGGUGCUUGCCUUGCUGUGGCCACGGUUUGAACUGAUCCUGGAGAUGAAUGUCCAGAGCGUCCGAAGCACUGACCCUCAGCGCCUUGGGGGGCUGGAUACUCGGCCUCACUAUAUCACACGCCGAUAUGCAGAGUUCUCCUCUGCUCUUGUCAGCAUCAACCAGACGAUUCCCAACGAACGGACGAUGCAGCUGCUGGGCCAACUCCAGGUGGAAGUGGAGAAUUUUGUCCUCCGAGUGGCAGCUGAGUUCUCCUCGAGGAAGGAGCAGCUUGUGUUUCUGAUCAACAACUAUGACAUGAUGCUGGGUGUGCUGAUGGAACGGGCAGCAGAUGACAGCAAAGAGGUUGAAAGUUUCCAGCAGCUGCUCAAUGCUCGGACACAGGAAUUCAUUGAAGAGUUGCUGUCUCCCCCUUUUGGGGGUUUGGUGGCAUUUGUGAAGGAAGCUGAGGCUUUGAUUGAGCGUGGACAAGCUGAACGACUUCGAGGGGAAGAAGCCCGGGUUACUCAGCUGAUCCGUGGCUUUGGUAGUUCCUGGAAAUCAUCGGUGGAGUCUCUAAGUCAGGAUGUAAUGCGGAGUUUCACCAACUUCAGAAAUGGAACCAGUAUCAUCCAGGGAGCGCUGACCCAGCUGAUACAGCUCUAUCAUCGUUUCCACCGGGUGCUGUCUCAGCCCCAGCUCCGAGCCCUCCCUGCCCGGGCUGAGCUCAUCAACAUCCACCACCUCAUGGUGGAGCUCAAGAAGCACAAGCCCAACUUCUAAUGUGCGGGACCUGGGAGUCACCCACCCUCUUGAUGGCCUUCUGUACCCCUUCCCAUGCCCUUCGUUGCCUGGGGUCCCCCUUCCAAUUUUCCACUUGCCUCCUGGGCCCUUGACAUGCCUGAGCCUGCCUUCAUUGCCAGGAUCCUGCCUCAUCAGGAUAAGCUGGAUCCCCUUGGCUUUCUGACUCUCCUAUGUCUUCAGGUUUCCCAGAACCACUUCCUCUUGGGCUUCCAAAAUGACCUUUAUUAUUUUUCCCAUUUUGUCAUUCCCUUCCUUCCCCCGACUGUCCCACACCCAAGGCUCUUUUCUUCUUGCAGUCAAACUUUCAUUGCCACAAUCUCUUGUUCAUUCAGCUCUUAUCACCAUGUCGUGAGGUGUGACACCUCAGCUCUUGGAAUUGGUUUGGUAAGGGGAGACUGCCCCAUAAUGGUUGGGGUUUUUUGUCUGUUCUUUCAUUCAAUGUGGUUUCGUUUCUUUUUUUUUUUUUAAUUUAGUG